AUGUCUGCUCCUAGUAAUGCCAGUGAAUCUACCUUAGAGAAGAUGAUGGGCAUCAAAGAAACUCCAUAUGGAGUUUACUUCCUUGGGGCAAAAGUUAGCCACUUGUUUUUUGGGACUGCGUCUCAUGUGGCCCAGACUAGCCUGAAACUCUUGAUCCUCUGGCCUGGUCUCCAAAGAGCUGAGACAGCAGCCCGUGCAAUGCCACACCUGCCUUAUUCCAUUGGUGGCCAUUUUGUCUCUAUGCCAUUGGGGAAAAAAAGCAGGCAGACACAGAAGAAAAUUUUCCUAACAAUGGACAACUUUGAGAGCAGCCUCCCGCCACUUAUCAUUCCAAGGCAGUUUUCGAUGGGAACACCCUUGGUCACAAGCGCUUUCUUUGCUCCUGGUACAAUCAUACUGUUCGUGGUGAAUAGGAGAGUCUUCAUUUACAAUUACCAUACGGAAACAUGGAGUGGUGUUCAUGGUGUAAACUCUCCUGUCUCACAUAUUAGUGGCGACAGUUGUUGUUUUAGUAACCAAUUUUGCCUGGAAUUAGCAAAUAGUAUUUUUGUGUAUUUCCGUGGCGGCUCGCUGCCUAGGACCAGAAUAUACUUCUCUGACAAUGGAGGAUUCUCCUUCCAGGACCUGAACAGUGACGUUCUGCAAAGGUUUUCGGGAGUAUUAGGAGGCAUAUUCUACCUCCAUUCCAUGUCUCAGGUGGGGAUACUAGUGGUUAAAGGAAAGAUUGGACUCCCUCCACAGGGGUGCUCAUGGCGGUCAGCACCCUUGACCCAUUACUGGGGCAGCUCCAUGAGGAAAGCUGAAUUGGGGCCGGAGCGAUUUGGACUUGCAGCUCAGCUCUCUGUAGUCAGCUCAGCAUGGUGCUGCAUGUCUGCACGCCUUGAAGAGGCAGUCGGACUCCUGCUGCAAGGCCUGGAGCAGCAGGCUGCCCAUACCAGAACAGGGAUGCUCAGUCCGUCUUUCUCAUGCUUUGUGAUUCUGACAUCCCGAGCCCCCAGGCUUCUGUAUCCCAGAUACUGGGCACAGUCAGCCAAGUGCUCAGUGCGUAAGCGUGAGGACAGAGUUCAUCUGCCAGAACCCACAUACAAUGCCAUCAGGAUGGCUUGCUCUGGAAUGCCAGAACAUGGGGACGUGGAGGCAGGAGGAUCCCCAGGGCCUGUGGGCAUCAGCCUGGUCAUGCCAGUGAGAGACUCUGCCUCAGCAAAGAACAAAGGCAUUGGAACAAGACAUGAUGUCUCACACAUCCGUGGACACAAGGCCCAGCCUGAUCUGUGUGGUAAGAGCCUGCCUGUUCCUGGCACCCGCGUACCGCUCGCUAGCCCACGGGAUCUGUACUUUCUGUCCAGUUCUGCACAUAUGACAGAUACUUCACAUAGAAAUUUACAUGUAGGGGGCCAGUUGUCCCCCCUGCACCUGUCUGCCUUGGAGUCAUGGCUCAGUCUACACGAUGUCACUGAGCAGGCAGGACUCAGCCAGACCCACACUUCAGGCAAUCCUCGUGACGAAAUUGAACUCCAACAGCAGCACCACUGGAAUAAUGCGGACCUUAACUUCACCUCCAGCAUCAAGCAUCACAGCAUCUCCUCCCUGACCGUGGACAUAGCUGACAAGACAAUGGCGUGUGUGGACCUGAAGCCCCUGACCACACUCAUUUCAAUUGGCUGUGACCAGACCAAGAGGAUUGUUGUGCAGAACAAAAUUUCCGCUUGCUCCAUGGGAAUCCUCGAUGCGGUGGAGCUGCAGAAAAACUACAGUUACACCAUUGAGAAGGAAGCGUACAAACCUGUGAGCCACAAUGCGGAGGCUCAGAGUAACCUGCUCGUGUAUUACCAGUACAAGGCCCUGGGCUGCCCUCGCCUGGUCUACUACGACAAGCCGUGGAAGCCCGUGGUGGAACUGUGGAAGGACGGGGUUCUAGAAGAAAUCAUGAACGCUGAGUACGUGAUCAGUGAGAUCAACGGGGUAUUCACCUAUUCAUACUCCCUGACGGCCGCCACUGCCAACUGCCGGUCACAGCCUCAGAACUGGAGCACCAUUCGGGCACGGUUGGACAAGCACACAGGUCAUCAAUCCCUCUGGAACAGAGAGAACUAUGUCAGCUGUCACGAGGACAACGACGGCCAGCCCCUGCUGUGGCCAGAGGUGGAGUAUCAGAUCUUAGGUGGCCGGACAGACAAUAAGGUUAUUUUUGGUCAAAGAAAUGGAAUCUACAUCUUUCUUCUCACUGUGGUGGAUCCAUACUACAGCUACUGCAGCUUAAACACCAUAUUCAGCGUGUACGUGUACGGGGCCUUACCCGUGGCGAUGUUCCCGCCGGUGCUCAGCAUCAUGCUGCUGGUGGUUACAACGCUACUGAGCAUGUGGCUAGUUUACACCAUCCCCAAGGAGCUGAGCACUGAGAGGGGCCAGCGUUUCAAGAACUUCUGGUCCCGGCUGUUCCUUGACUGCUUUAAGAUCUGCAACCGUUUCUGGCUGUGGGGCAGACUGAGACAGUGCCUGCGCUCCAGGAAGGUGAAGGACCAGCCAAAGGGACUCCCAAGCCAGGUGCUGGAGAGCAGCCAAGAGCUACAUCCUGACCUGCCAGCAGCAGGCAGAGAGACCCUUUGA